AUGUCUUCAGAAGCUCCGAGUACAGAUAGAUCUGGUACCCUAAUCCGUGGAGCUGAAACAUUUAAAAACAUAUUUAGGGAAGGCUUCAAUAUGGAAUCACUGGAAGAAGUACUGAUAUCAUUUGGUAUUGGAGGCAUGACAUCCCAAUUUGCUCAAAUACUGCAGUCUGCAUUAGGCUCGCGGAUGGUUCCUCCUUCUAUAGCAAAAAGGCUGAAUUUGAAGCGUGUAAGAGGAAUGCUUCUAUAUGGGCCACCAGGAGCUAGAAGUGACCUACACAUCAUCAUAUUUGAUGAACUUGAUUCCAUUGCUAAGGCAAUACUUGAAAAUUUGCAUGCCUUUCAGAUUGACGGCCUGAAAGUAUUGAACAACAUUUUUAUUAUUGGUACUACAAACCGAAAGGAGCUCAUUGAUGAAACCCUGCUGAGGGAAGGUAGAAUCGAACUACAUGUCAAAGUAGAGUACCCAGAUGAGCAAGGGCGCCUGCAAAUUUUGGGAAUCUACACAAGGAACAUGAGACAAAAUUUUGUUCUUGAUAAAGAUGUGAAUCUUCACGAAAUUGCUUGUAGGACGGAUGGCUGUAGUGGCUCUACCCUUCCAUCUCUAGUCACUCGUGCACAUUCGUAUGUUGUGGUCCACACAGGGGAGAAUGGAUUACUGCAGCAUGUCAAGAAUGAUUUUAAAGUAACAAUGAACUACUUUCUCUGUGCUAUAGAAGAUGUUAAGUCUAGACUUCAAGAAUCUGACUUGGAGCCAAGCAGGAUGGGAAAGGAGGAAAUGUUCAGCACUGAAGUUUUACGCAUGGAACAAGAAAUUGCAAGGCUCAAGGAGAACACUGCACAUUUUCAGGCUACAGUUGAGAUGAAACUUGAGACACUUUGCUGUGAACUUUCAAAGUAA